UCCAAAUCCGAGAAAUCGUAUCACGAUGAGCGUAGUAGUGACCAAGUCCUCGCCGGUGGUAGUCGUCGGUGCAUCUAAGCCGGUGACGGCGACGGGCGACAUCAUCGAUCUCACCUCCUUCGAUAAGUGUUUCGCUCCUUCUCCAACCACGCUUAUCUUUUUCUUUGAGAAGCCAAUCGACGACCCUGUCGAGACAAUCAAGAAGGCCUUGUCGCAGGCACUCGUGCACUACCCCGCUAUGGCCGGCCGCCUCGCCGGAGCUGACGAGAAGGAGCCGACCCACAUCGUGUGCACCGGGGAGGGCGUGCCGUUUGUGGCUGCGGCGGCUAGCUGUGCCUUGGACGACGCGGGGCCGCUCCACCUCCUGGACCUCGCCAUUCGCUACCCCGCCGAGUACUGCCGCCUCAGCGACCCAUUGCUGCUGAUGCAGGUGACCAGGUUCACCUGCGGCGGGUUCGUCGUAGGCCUGACAAAUAACCACGCCAUGGCGGACGCCGCAGGGUUGGCGCAGUUCAUGCAGGCCGUUGGCGAGCUCGCCCGGGGAAUGCCAAGGCCGUCCAUCGUUCCUGUCAGGUCCGAAGCCGACAGCUCGCUCCCGCGCCUUCCACAGGCGUUGGUCGCCGAGGUAAGGUCGCAUCUGCGCGUGGAGAAGGAGGAAAUUCUACCGCUCCUCGACGUGGCCAUCCCCAUGAGCCUAGCUAGCCGCAUCAAGGCAAAGUGCGGCGCCGGAAAGUGCACGGUGUAUGACGCCGUCGCCGCGGUGCUCUGGCGGUGCCGCACCCGAGCGGUCAUCUCUGACGAGGAUAACGACCCUAACGCUCCCAUGCUCCUCGUCAUGCCGAUGAACGCGCGCAAGCUCGUCGGUGCCAAGGAGGGCUACUACGGCAACUGCAUAAUCUUCCAGCUGGCCCUGGCAACCAGAGACACGGUGGCGACGGGCGACAUCGAGGAUCUUGUGAAGAUCAUCAGGCUUGCCAAGGAGAAGAUGCCCGACAUGGUCGGCGAUGGUAGAGAUGAGCAGCAGCAGGCGCAACGGGCGCCGGAGAGGUACAACACGCUCUCUAUAUCGAGCGUGAGGAACCUCGGGUACGAAGUGAUGGAUUUCGGAGGCGGGGUGCCGUCGCGGAUGAUGUGGAAGACUGCGGAGAAGCCGGUGGGGUUGGUUUGCGUCGUGUGCUCGCCAUGCAAGCCCAAGGACAUGAUCAACGUCAUGUCUCUCUGUGUCAAGCCGGAGCACACAGAAGCCUUUCUACGUGAGUUGGCCGCCCUCAAUGUAGAGGUGACCCAUGAUUUGCGACCGUCGUACAAGGCGCGACUUUAAACAUGUUGCAUUGUUGCUCCUAUCCUUUUCUAUACAUCACUUGUCUA